AUGAAACCUAUCCAAAGUCCUAAGGGAUCAGCCAGUGGUAGUUCUUCUGCGUGGCAAGGCCGAAAGCGUGACCAGAACCAACAUGCAUCGCCAUCGCUUGGCGCAUUGGAAUCUUUGUCGAACACGAUGCAGGAAGCCUCUAGUUUGUCGAUGCCAUCACCCGCCUUGUCCCCAGCGACUUUAGCGAUCAAUAAGCGCGGUGGAGUUUCAGCACCUAAUCGGCCGCCCUCUGGUGAGUUGAGCCCGAGCUUGAGAUCCACGAAAUUUGCUAGUGGGGAGUCGAAUGCUUCUAUUCACAACCUCUCAACGAAGAGCCCCUCGCCAAUCGAGCUUGCGCAAAACAGUGAUCAAACUCAGCAUUCGUCACAACCAGCGACACCGGGAUCCCUUAUGGGUCUUGUGUAUGCGCCCGAAUCAUCUAAGGCUCAGCGAAAGGCGGAGCCCUCGCAUGUACAAACUCCAUCGCAUCCAUCGCAUGCCCAGCAACACAUGUCACAACCCUUGCGUACCUAUCAGCAACCAUCUGACUUCUCGAGUUUACAUACCUAUCCGAACCAAAAUGCUGUUCAUGCUGUCACAGCGUCUGCUCUUAUAAAUGCAGCCCGCCCUCAUGCGAGCUUGAUGUACCCCAAUUCAUCAUCACAGCCAAAGUUUAUUCUGCCUAGUGGCCUGUCCUCUGAGGAUCGCUCGACAUGGCUCGGUUUCCGACAUUUGGAGCAGGGGGGACUGGAACAGCGCCGCUCGUCACACAAGGCUGCUGAGCAGAAACGUCGCGAUUCUCUCAAGCACUGCUUCGACGAGCUUCGUGCGCUUUUGCCUGCAAUCACAAUUGACGACAACGUACCAGGAGGCUCGGUACUCGGCGCAGAUGGCACAAAAGAAGAUCGUAUCGCAGAAGGGCUCGAACUCGAGGACUCAUCCAAAGCUGAGAACGAGGCAGAGCCUACAAGUGCUAGUGGGUUUGCGUCGCCUGAUCAAUGUCGCGAUGCGAAUCGAAUUGUGGCCAAAGUGCUUCUUCUUCGACACUCAAAUGAAUACUUGGUACGACUUCAACGUAGGAUCGAGCGGCGAGAUCUUGCGCUCCACUCGCUUAGUGAAGAAGUCGUGCGUUUACGAUCGCUAUUGAACCAACGUGGCAUUUCUACAGAUGGCGAAGAUGCGAAGGUCUCGAACGAAAUGAGUUCACUCAGUAUUGAGCCCGAAGAAAAUUCGCCUGCUAUAAAGCCAGAAGAUGCCCCCUGUUGGCUCGGAGAGUACUGA